GACCACCAAAAAAUGCCGCCAACUUUGCUGCGUUGACUCCGCUGCAUUUCUUGGAGCGUGCAGCGGAAGUAUUUCCAGAGAGGCUUGCCAUCGUUCAUGGACCCCUGAGGAGAACUUGGUCCGAAGUCUAUGCGCGCAGUCGCCAGUUGUGCUCCGCCUUGAAGGCACGUGGCGUCGGCAGAGGUGACGUGGUGGCAGUACUGCUGAACAACUCACCAGAGAACAUCGAGGCACAUUUUGGAAUCCCAAUGUGUGGGGCUGUUUUGAACCCCUUGAACUAUCGUUUAGAUGCUCGCACCUUGACCUUCAUGCUUGGCCACGCUGAAGCGAAGAUUUUGAUUGUGGAUCGCGAGUACAGCAAGUUGGUGUCCGGCGUGUUGGACUCCUUCCCACCCGAGAAGCGACCCUCCGUCGUUGAUGUAGAUGAUCCCCUAUGCAAAGAAAACGGCCCUUUGAUCGGUGCUAUGAACUACGAGCAGCUGAUUGCCGAGGGCAGUCCGACCGCUCCGUGGGAGCCACCAGUCGAUGAAUGGGACACGCUGUCGCUCUGCUACACCAGUGGCACUACAGCAGACCCUAAAGGUGUGCUACUGCACCAUCGGGGUGCCUACCUGAAGAGCGUGCACCUCAUUGUGAAAUGGCCUCUGCACCGGCAUUGCGUCUACCUUUGGACGGUGCCUAUUUUCCACUUGAACGGCUGGUUCUUCCCCUACGCCGUGGCAGCUGUGGCCGGGGUCAACGUCUGCCUGCGCAAGGUGGUGGCCAAUGACAUCUUCGCGGCGGUGAAGGAGCACCGAGUGACCCACAUCUCUGGGGCUCCCAUUGUGAUGAGCACCAUGCUUCAAUACACGGGUCCAAAGACCUGGAACCAGGACCUGAAGUUCAUGACCUCUGCGGCUGCUCCCCCCGCGCCGGUGCUGGCCCGAAUGGCGGACUAUGGCAUCGAAGUCAGCCAUGUCUACGGCUUGACAGAGGCGUACGGAACAGGUGUGAUGUGCGAAUGGAAAGAUGAAUGGAACAGCAAGUCCUUGGAAGAGAAAGCGGCGCUGCUGGCGCGGCAAGGUGUUCGCUGUUUGGAGUUGGAGUAUUUGGAAGUGAUAGACCCAGAGACUCGCAAGCCAGUGCCGCGCGAUGGACAGACCAUUGGUGAGAUUGUGAUGAGUGGCAAUACCAUCAUGAAAGGAUAUUUCAAGAAUCCGGAAGCGACCGCAAAGGAGUUCAAAGGCGGUGUCUUCAACACUGGCGACUUGGGAGUGAGGUAUCCAGACGGCUACAUCCAGCUGAAAGACAGGUCCAAGGACAUCAUCAUUUCGGGUGGUGAGAACAUCUCCUCUUUGGAAGUGGAAAGUAUCAUGAUGAAGCAUGAUAAAAUUGCCGAGUGCGCCGUGGUCGCAAGGCCGGAUGAGAAGUGGGGCGAAACCCCUGUAGCCUGGAUCGUGUGCCGCAAUGGCAUGACCCUCAGCGAUGAGGAGAUGUACACCUGGUGCAAAGCACACAUGCCUGGCUAUAUGGUGCCGCGGACCUUUGUCUUCGAAAGCUUGGAUGGAGUGAAGACUCCCACGGGAAAGAUUCAGAAACAGGUACUGAGGCAGAAGGCGAAGGAACUGAAUAAGAAGGGUUUCUCCAUCGUCUCAGCGAAUGAUGCGGCCAAGUCCAAGCUAUAAGGCCCCUUGGAAACCACGGAUGCUGGUGUCGUUGUUUGUCAUUCUUGGGGUUCCAAUGGGUUCCACUAGUUGAACUUGAUGAAUCUUGAUAAGUGUUUUGUCAUGUUUCGGAUGAUAACUAGUAUGACACGUGUAUCAACAGCGUAGUCAGUGGAAGGUUUCGAGCAAGAUCAUCUUU